AUGGCUGGGAAGCGGCUCCGACUUGAUUCCAAGUUUCAAUUGAACAAGUGUAAUAGAAGAUCGAAAGGUGAUAAUGAUCGGAUUAGUCAGUUGCCGGAUGAUAUUCUCGUUGAUAUCCUAUCUUUGCUAUCGGUGAAGGAAGCUGCACGAACUAGUGUUCUUUCUUCUCGUUGGGUAAACUUGUGGAGACAUACCUCUUCUCUCGACUUUCGUGCAGACGCUGCACUAGCCAGGAUUAGAAAAAACUGCAAAAACCGCGAUUUAUGGAGUGAAGAGGGGCGAAAGUACGAAGAAUGGGUGAAUCGGGUGAUCGGAUCACACAAAUCGGUUACCUUGAAAGAAUUCAGGGUAUGUUUCGAUUUGUGCUUUUCGUCUCAGGAAUCAAUCACUCGGUGGUUUGAAUUUGCGUUUAUGAGACAUGUUCAGAAGUUGGAUUUGGACUUUUCUGUACUAGCUAGGUAUAAAAGAUUUACAGAGACACAUUACACUCUCCGAGAAGAGUUCCUCACCCGAAUUAGUGGUGGAAAUUCGUGUAUUGGCUUUAAAUCACUCAAAGAAUUGUCUCUUAAAUGUCUUAAUGUGACAGGUCAAGCUAUUGAAAUUCUUUUACGCAUGUGCCCUUUGCUCGAAAAGUUGGUUGUUCAUCGCACAACUAAAAUAUCAAAUCUUGAAGUUUGUGGGCCAUCCCUCGUUCUAAAACACUUUGAAUUGGUGUACUGCUUCGGUUUAGAAUCUGUUAAGGUUUCGGCGCCAAAUCUUAUUUCACUUAUUGGUCUGAAUGCCGAUGGUCUCUUGCUUGGGAAUGUUCCGAUGCUUAAAGAGGUAACUGUUAAUUGCCUGCAUCACUACGUCUCUAUCGAAAAAUUACUUCCUACACUUUCUUGCUGCAUUUACCAAUUGGAGAUUCUUACCUUGAUACUUAAGUCCUACCGGAAGUUGAAAAGUGUUCUACCGACGUUUCCUGAACUGCCUAAGCUGAAGAAGUUGGUCGUAGAAUAUUGGUCAGACGGCGACGAAAGUCUUAUGGGACUGACCCAUUUGAUAAGGGCAUCUCCAAACUUGCAGGAAUUUGUUUUAGAGUUACUGAUGGGGAAACCUUCGAAAUCACAUAGAAAAGAGAAGAGAACGACACAGUUGCCUCACCAUCACCUUAAAGUUGUUAAGUUAUGUGGGUACGACGGCCGCUCGAGUAAAGUGGAAUUAGUUAGAUACAUUUUGAAGAACUCUGUUGUGCUUGAGAAAAUAGUUAUUGAUCCAUUAGAUCCAAUUAUGCGCGGACUCCAACUACGCCUUAAAGAUUUAGAGAGACUACAGACAGCAAGGCGUUGUGCAAAGCAACAACUUGAGGGGCGGGUACCUCAGCACGUUGAAUUGGUUAUCCUUUAAAUUAAGACUUAAUUAAAUGAAAAACAAUAAGUUGAUUUCGUGUGUUUAUGAAUUUAAUUUAAGAACAAUUAAGUUGUUUUGAUUUAUUACUAUGUAUGUUGGUGUGCCUUUUUCCUAUUACAUAUGUCAUGUAUGUUUGCAAUAAACCAAAAACAGAAAGGUAAA